GGCAGAGUCAGCUGUUUCCGCAUUUAUCGCUUAGCUUGCACAACAAUUUUGCGGCGUUUUUCCAGAAAUUGAAGGAGUUUUCCCCCGUUUUCCUGAAACAAAAUGCGUCUGACGAACGUUUUAUUCAAGAAAGUGAAGAGCAAGCGGAUCAUGGUUGUGCUGGAGAGUGUGGUCAGCGGACACCAGUACAAUGCCUUUCGCGACCGUCUGGCCGAGAAGUUGGAGAUAAUUCGCUUCGACCCGUACAUUCAAAAGGAGAGUCUCUAUCGCGAACGCAAGAAAAUCCGCAGCGCCUAAGGAAAUUGCCUUGAAUGUCCCGCUUUUCCCGUCUUAGUUAGUGCAAAUAAAAUACAAAACACUUAAACAAAUCGAUAUAUUAUAUAUAGUACAAGUGAUUGGGCUUCCAGCAAAACUUGAGGAUUACAAAAAUAAUUAAAACUUGGCCUAUGGACUAUGGAUAUCA